AUGGCAACACCUUUCCAAACAGAGGCUUGGACAGAGAGGAAAAUUGUUGGUUUCAACUGGCAAGGCGAUGGCUACUUCGCUGUCCUUUGUCUUGUUUUCUGGACACCUGAGCUGGUAAUGUUGGAGCUCAUUGGCCAGAAUGGAACCAAUAUCGGAAUCACGGACGAGAUUGGCGCCACAUUGACGGCAGAAAAGAUUGCGAAGCUUGAACUUGAAACAAGCCAACAAAGGGCUGUCAAAUGGACAGCUAUUUCAACCAUUUUCGCCUACGUGGGAGUGAUACUUGUGAUCUGGCGUCAUUUCACCCCGGUUCACAAGAAUUGGCAGGUGAUUCCUUUCCCAGGAGAUCAGUGCACUGUGGCUGUGGCCAACUAUCUGUGUUUGGUGGUGCUCAACAUAUCCACGGACAUGCUCAUUGUAUCGAUACCGCUACCUCUGCUAUGGGCGGUCAAACUCAAUUUCGAAAGGAACUUGGCCAUCGGUAUGCUGCUUUGCUCAGGAAUGUUCGUGAUGAUUGCAGCACUGCUUCGCUGCGUCUUGUCGCUGAGGGACAUUAAUGGCAUCAAUGUCAGCACCAUCUGGGCGAUCAGAGAAACAUUCGUCGGAAUUAUUGCAGUCAAUGCAGCGUGUAUCAGACCCCUCUUCCCUGGCUCACGUUGGCUGGGAUCUUCCAAGGGAAGUAGUGAUGGGGCAAACCAGAAAUACACUGGGGGCGGGGGACAGAACGUGGAUCAAUCCGGUAAACCUUCUAAGAGACUUCAUAACAAAUAUAACAUGACCGAACUGGACAUCAACUCGAGAGAGGAGCAGAUUGUCAUGCCUUCUGAGCCAGUCUGGUCUGCGAAAGGCGGCCGCGACAAUGCUCUCGCUAGCAAUUCAAGCGGGCAACAAGGAGGAAUCGUGGUCACGACGACGUAUGAGGUGAAACCUGAAAACAAGAUUGGAUGACCGAUGACAUGGACACAUUGAAGUUAUUUCUUCUUGCUUGCUAGUCUAGAUUUCAUAGAGGUCGUAAGCUUAAUCAUGCCAUCUUUUGUUCCUCUCUAUUAGACUUCAUCACAACCAACUCAAGCCUCCAGCCUCAAUUGCACACAUCAUCUCCCCCAUCGCGGUGGUAAUCCGAGAACCGGCCAGCCAAACAUGUCCC